AUGUCCUAUAUUUACAAUGAAUCUCAAUUGAAAUUUAUUUAUGUCUUUUGUAUGAAUAAAGAGAAACACUUGGAAUGGACAUAUAAAUAUGAAAAAAUAUGUGACAUUUUUACUGACAAAUAUGAACUUUUUCAUAAUUCGACAGCUAAAGUUCGAUCAUAUGAAAAAAGUUUAUUGACCAUGAGUAUAUUCCAUAGAACAUAUAUAACAACUGAAGAAAAUUCGAUUCGUGAUUAUAUUAUUGGAGAAAAUAUUAGUUUAAUGUGGUUUCAAUCUUUCUUUGAUAUUCUACUUCGUAUUCCACUCGAUAACAAUCUAGCUAAACAAGAUAUGAUUGCAGAAUGUCGUCUAUAUUAUAAAAAUAAUCCAUUAAAAUUUUAA